ACCGGCUACAACAAUCUCGGAGGAACAGUUCCAGAAGAACUCUUCAAUGCAGCCUCGUUGGAAUAUCUGUCUUUUCCUAACAACAAUUUGCAUGGACUUCUUGAUAGUGCACGCAUAAUCAACCUCAGAAAUCUAGUUACCCUUGAUCUUGGAGGAAACAACUUCAGUGGAAAUAUCCUAAAUUCCAUAAGUGAGCUCAAAAGAUUGGAGAAACUUUUCUUGGACAACAACAACUUCAGUGGAGAACUUAGCAAGGUCAAUUUCUCCAAUCUGUCCAAUUUAAAAGUUCUAGAUCUCUGGUCAAAUAACUUCACCGGUACAGUUCCAGAAAGCAUGUACUCAUGCAGUAAUAUGACUGCACUGCGGCUAUCAAGAAACAACUUACAUGGGCAGCUCUCAUCGAGUAUAGGCAAUAUGAAGUAUCUCUCCUUCUUGUCACUUGGUCACAACAAUUUCACAAACAUCACAAAUGCAUUUCACAUCCUUAAGAGCAGCAAGAACCUUACAACCCUGCUUAUAGGGCACAAUUUCAGGGGAGAGCUCAUGCCAGAGGAUGACAUAAUCGAUGGAUUUGAGAAUCUUCAGGUUUUAAGCUUCGAAUAUUGCGAGUUGUUAGGAAGAAUACCACUAUGGAUAUCGAGGCUUACAAAUCUAGAGGUGUUAAUUUUAAAUAGCAACAAACUCAGUGGACGAAUACCAGACUGGAUCAACUCCCUUAGUCACCUCUUCUAUGUGGAUGUGUCAGACAACAGACUUACAGGAGAAAUCCUACUAACCUUGACGGAGAUUACAAUGCGAAAAAGAAUUGGGAACACAAUUCAUUAUGAUCCAAAGGUCUUCAAGCUACCUGUUUAUAAUGGUCCAUCACUUCAAUACUGUGGUGUUACAUCUUUUCCAACAGUGUUGAAUCUAAGCCACAACUACUUCGCAGGAGUGAUUCCCCCACAGAUUGGCAGGCUGAAAGUGCUUGUUGUACUUGAUUUCAGUUUCAACAAGUUAUCUGGACAGAUCCCACAAUCGAUUUGCAGCCUCACAAACUUGCAGGUGCUAGACUUAUCCAGCAACAAUUUCACAGGUGAAAUCCCAGCUGCAUUGAACAGCCUGCACUUCCUUUCAGCAUUCAACAUUUCAAACAAUGACCUUGAAGGGCCUAUUCCAUCUGGAGGCCAGUUUGAUACAUUUCAAAGUUCUAGUUUUGAUGGAAACCCAGAGCUGUGCGGCUCUAUGCUUAUUCACAAAUGUGAUUCGGCGGAUGCACAUCAAGCAGUCAUUCUGCCAAGAAAACAUGCUGCCUACAAGGCGGCCUUUGUGAUUGCCUUCGGUGCGUUCUUUGGUGUAGGGGUGAUGUAUGAUCAAUUAGUCUUGUCAAGGUUUAAUUCCAUCAUUUUGUUUGCUUCCUGGACAAUCCUAAACACUAAGCAGUUGAGUCAUGCGAAAUCCACACCCCGCGAGCCUGACCCGAUUCCCUGUCUGGCCGACGUCAACCAGACCGGUGCGGGUGCGGCUCUGUCAAGGGAGGCCGGCCGCGACGACGGUCUACACCGCCUUGCUCUGGAUGCAGAUCUCGCACCCAGCCGCGCAGGGAGUUGGGGAGGAUGCAAAGUUCGAGUUGAACCGAACCUGCGGGAAGAGGUGGUCGACUUUGACGCCUUGGGCCUUGUCGGCGUCGAAGCAGGCGUCGAGGAGCGCGGGAUGGCGGCGGCGUCCUAG